CGUCGAGCUGCAUCUGGAACGCUAGUUGGAACGGUUGGAACGCACUGCUGUGCGAAUCGCUGAUGGAAUGAUUGAGAAAAUCCAUGCAAUUCUUACUGGAAAACCGGUAUUUUGGGUUUUGCUAGGUUUUGGCUGGAGCUAUGAGGAUUCCAAGGCAUCCCAUGGAUAGAGCUCGUCGAGCCGCAUCUGGAACGCCAGUUGGAACGGUUGGAACGCACUGCUGUGCGAAUCGCUGA